AGGUUUUGUCCUUCGCAGUACCGUUGAGAUUGUUCAAUCGAGAAGAACUCCAUUUUCUUAAAGAAGAACCCAGAAGCAGUUAUUUUACGGAAUUUUCUAUAUGCUUUCUCGGUUAAGAUAUUUGAUUUUUUCGAUAUCUUACUUUUCAAAGCUUGUCCACAGCAUUCCCGUUGGAGAGAAUCAACUUCAUGGUUUCAGUGGAGAUGAAAAGGCUGGAAUGAGCGUCCUUCCGGCGCUCCCCAAUGUCUCAGAGUACAUGGGUCGACUUUUGGUAAGCGUAUUUCUUAUUUUGCUGGGAGGUGUGUUUGCUGGUCUUACAAUUGCUCUUAUGGGUGUUGACGACCUUCACCUUGAGGUGCUUGCUCGUAGCGGAGAUGAGAAGGAGCAGCUGUACUCGAAGAAGGUUCUUGGCUUGCUGCGCCGUGGUAAGCACUGGGUUCUUGUCACUUUGUUGCUUGGUAACGUUAUCGUGAACGAAACGUUGCCCAUUGUGUUCGACUCGAUCAUCGGCGGUGGUUGGCCAGCUGUUAUCUUGUCUACGGCUAUGAUUGUCAUCUUUGGAGAGGUUAUUCCCCAAGCUGUGUGUGUUCGUUAUGGUUUAAUGAUCGGUGCCAAGCUUGAGCCUCUUGUGCUUUUCAUGAUGUACUUGCUUUAUCCCAUUGCUUACCCUAUGGCCUUGGUGCUGGAUGCUUGUUUGGGUAAGGCUGAAGGCACUAUGUACAAGAAGUCGGGUUUGAAGACAUUGGUUACCUUGCAUCGCGACCUCGGCUUGGACAAGCUGAACCAGGAUGAGGUUACAAUCAUCAAUGCUGUGCUCGACUUGCGUGAAAAGCCUGCAAGAACGAUUAUGACUCCUAUCGAAAACGUCUUCACUCUUUCUGCGGAUCGUAUCCUCGAUGAGGCUUUGAUUGAGGAGAUUGUGUUUGCUGGCUACAGUCGCAUUCCUAUUCACAAGCCCGGUUUCCCCACUGACUUUAUCGGUAUGUUGCUCAUUAAAACGUUGUUAGGUUAUGACCCAGAAGAUCGUCUUCCCGUCUAUAGUUUCCCUCUUGCUACGCUCCCUGAGACGUGGCCUGAGACGUCUUGUUUGGAUCUGUUGAAUUAUUGUCAAGAAGGUAAGAGCCACAUGAUACUUGUUUCUACUUCUCCAGGUGAAAACCACGGUGCCAUUGGUGUGAUCACUCUCGAGGACAUCGUAGAGGAGUUGAUCGGUGAGGAAAUUAUCGACGAGACCGAUGUGUACAUUGAUGUUCGUCAAAAGUUGCGCCGUGUGAACAACACUAAUGCUUUCUGGCAACGUCUGUUCCAUCGUGCUCACAUGAAGCAUCUGGAUGCUUUACGCAAAUCGCCCCGUCCAGAUAUUCAGGGCAAGGGUACGCCAAACGAAUAUGUGCCAAUUUUGAAUCCUAAGAAUGCAGCUAUCAAUCCGAAAAUUCACUCUACUGAACGCAUUAAGGUGAAGCCCGCAUCCAACGCACUCGCACUUGGUCGUAGUUACGGUUCUAUUGACACGCAUCGUCGCGCCGCUUCCGAGGCUGCAGACGGCAAAGUGAAGAGUGUGAAUGCUGAAUUGCAAAGAAACACAUCCUCCUCUCCUGAUUUACAGAAAAGCGCUCUUUUGGAUAGCACCACUACGGCUACUUCCACUACAGCUGAGCCUUCAUCUACCGUCUCAGCACCCGCCGUCACUGUUUCCAAGGAAUCUGAACAGCCAUCCAAGGAUCAAGCCACUACUUCUCCCGCAAACACCGUCAACGCUUCUUCUCCUCACUCUUCGCCUACAGUGGAAGCUGGUUCUUCAGAACAACUGAAGGAGCAGAGUGCCGUCUACCAUGCCAAACCCCAUGGCUCCGUUAGCUCCUCGUACAGUGGAAGACGUGUUCGUCUGGGUAAUGUUAUUGAAAGCCGUCAUGUAACGGAAGACGGUGUCGAGCGCGUUGUUGUCGCGCCCACUGAUUCUGUUCACGGUUGCGGUGAUGAUGUCGUUGAAAUGAAGGAAGUGAAUGGUAUUCUCGUGCCCAAGGUUUCAACCUCUACUACCCCCUCCAACAUUCCUUCUCGACCCAUUUCCCGUGCAGGUUCUGAUGCUUUCAGUCUUGGCACCAGCUUAGGAACCGGUGAGACUUCAAAGUCCCUGAGCAACCUUUCCGCCAAAUCAUUCGCCUCUCGUGUGAAGCGAAACAGACGCAGAAGACACAGAAGACGGACACGCAGAUAAAUGUAGUUUUGAAAGAUGGGCGUGAGACAAACGUCUAUUCAAUUUUCUGAAGAUGUACAUGAUUUUUCAUCCUUUCAUAACGCUACUUUGCAUUGCUCUCCACCCUCAUCACACUCCAUUAUUUUUGAUGUCCAUUACAACGUAUAAUUCAUUAAAAGCACUCAGAGUUUCACGGUCCGGUUUAGAACCUGGGUUGUUUUUUUUUUUCCAUUAAUUAAUACUAUUCUUCUUAUUCAUCUGCAACCAAAGCCGAAACGCAAACGAUUUGCUCUUUUAUAACUGCGAAUGUUU